UACAAACAUUCGGAGGCUUCAACAGGAACUACAGGCUGUUAAAUACUUUAAUUUACACCAAAAUAUGAUGUCUUCCCAAAUUUUAGUGUCUCGCCCCUAUUUUGACACGCGGGUAGCGGCGCAGAAUGGCUCACAGCCGCCGGUCACAAACCCGGAGAUCACCGUUAAAGAAAACGUGUACGCCGGUACAUCCGCCGGUCUGGCCACUGCGGGCUACCGGAGCGCCAAAUACACCCCCGAGGAGUGGCUCGCCAGCAACUCUGCUCUGUUAAACCGGUCCGUCGCGGACCGGGAUCACGCGGAGAGGAUUUGCACCGAGUCAAAAGCGCUGAAAGCGGAGACCGACGCCGGGACUUUACGCACGCAGACCGCGGGCACCAAACACCUGGGCAGUCGGCUGCAGGACAUCCACCGCUGGAGAUCCGAGCUGGAGCAGCUCAUCGAGCGGCUGAUCGCGGAGACAGACCUGCUGACGGCCUCCAGGCGGCGGCUGGAAAAAGCGCUGGACGCCACGGAGAUUCCCUUCGCCAUCGCCACUGACAACCUCACCUGCCGAGAGAGACGCUUCGGACCGGAUCUGGUGGAGGACCAGGUGGAAGAGGAACUUCUUAAGGAAGUGGAGCUGAUCAGAAGCAUUCAGGCCCUGCUGAAAAAAACUCUGGAUCAAGCUGUUAACCAGAUAAGGCUGAACCAGGAGGUGAAACAGACUCUCGAGUUAGACUGGUCUGAUAAGCAGCAUGCCUACAGUCUGGAUGACCGGUGUGGACGCUUUAACAACAGGAGCACCGACACACAACGGCAUCCCAGCUCAGCCGUGCUGCAGGACCAGGUGUGCGAUGAGGAGGUUUGGCGUAAGUUUACUCGGGAUAACCUGCGGCUGGCGGAGAGAGAGGAGGUGGCGAGCCAGGCCUUGAGGCGGCUGAUUGAGCGUGUCCUGCAGGAGACGUCUGAGGACCUGCGGGUGCAGUGUGCCGCUGUAGAUCGGGCCUUCAAUCAGCGCUGCAUGGAACUGAACCAAGCCAAAACACAGCUGGAGCUGCACCUGGCACAGAUUCUACAGCAGAUUGGGGCUCAGGAGAGGAAUAUCUCAUUCCUGCAGCAAGCUGUGUAUGAUAAAGAAGCUCCUCUCAGAGUGGCUCAAUCUAGACUGCAUUACCGAACCUUCAGACCCAACAUGGAGCUGUGCCGAGACCAGCCCCAGCUCAGUUUGUUAGGUGAGGUGUCAGAGCUCAACAGUACAGUAUCAGCCCUACAGCAGCAGCUGUAUGAAGCACGCAAAUCUUUGUCUGACCUGGAAGAGAGCAGACUGUCCCUGGAGAAAGACAUCUCUUGCAAAACAAACUCUCUCCUCAUCGACCGAGAGAAGUGUAUGACACACCGCACACGCUACCCUUCUGUCACAGUGCUGUCUGGAUACUGAAACGCUUCUUAACAGGAGGUCUGGAUUCAUUAGACAGUCACUUCCAGUGGCACGUAAUGUGUGUAGUGUUUUUUGAAUGCAGUGGUUAUGUAUAUCCUCAGGAUUUAAAGAAAAUGUUUUUGGGAAAAAAAUUUUAAGCAAACAUUCUAGUUUUAAAUGAUAUAUAAUUUACUGAAAUGGUUUAGCGUGUACCAAUUAUUUGACAUUGAUAUUGUUUUCUACAUACUGUAUUAUGAAAUAAGUAGACUAAAUUAAAAGUGAACUAUAAUACGUUUUUGGCCUACACAAAUUCACGAUGAAAAAAAUGAGACCAUUCAAAAAUUUCUGUCCUCAUUUACACGCCCUCAUAGCAUUUCAAGCCUACAUGACUUUAUUUCUUAUGCAGAACUAAAAAAAUUAUGAUUCUCAAGAAUGUUUCAACCGGUUUUGCCCAUACAAUGAAAAUCAGCAGUUCAGAAUAAUGCUUUAUAUGAUUUUUAUUAAAUUGUGACAGUGUUUGUUAAUGAUUAAUGAAAAUUCAAACAUAGACUACAUGCCAUAUGAAAACUAUUAUUACUGUAUUAUUGUUAAGUAAGUCUUUGUAAGUCAUUACAAUGACAUAAUGAAAUAUUUCUAAAAAUGAACUCAAUGAACUGGCAUCUGUGAAAAAAAGACAACUGGUAUCUGUAUGGAAAGACUUCUUUUAGCCCACAGACAGUGUUGGGCUAGUUACUCAAAGAAUGUAAUAUAUUACUCACUACUAAUUACUCCUUUCAAAAGUAAUAUUGUUACUUUACUUAUUACUUUUUGGAAACAGUAAUUAGUUACACUACUAGUUACAUUACUUUUUCUUCACGCCCCACAGAAGUUGUAACUGUGUAUCUUCAAGAUAAAAUUCAGAAUGUUACUAACAACAUACAGUAUUUCUGCCUCAUAAUUUGACCAAAAUCCACAUUGGAUCGCAGUCAGAAGUUAUUACAAACACGCAAUAGUGAUUGAUUGUGACAUUCAAGUGUUGUAUUCACCUCAUUAAUUGUCAUGUAUAGCUUGAAGUAUUUUUUCUGUUACCCAUAUGCGAUUAAAUUUCGUUAUGUAUUUUAUCAAAUCACAUGAGUUUGUAAAAAACUGUUUAAUUGUCCAAUAAUAUUUUUAAUUAUAUUAAUAUAAUGUAGCACAUGCUGAUCAGAGGGAUGUAAUGCCAGAGUAAAGUAAAGCCACAACUUACACAACAGAUAUUUUUUUCCUGACAAAAUCAAUAUAAUGCAAUAUUUCUAUCUGCUGAAUGUAAGCUUUUCUAUAUUCCAAGCUUGCCUGCUGCACGGGGGACAUCACAUGCAUGUGCGAGUCAUGAAAAUUAUGAAAAUAAAUCUAGGAAUUAUUUGAUUGUUAGAUUUUAAAUCAGCGGGAUUGAGGCAUCAAAAGUAACUAAGUAACUAAGCUGUUUUAUGGAAAGUAACUGUAAUAUUAUUACUGAAAUCUUAUUAGUAAUUAGUUACACUACUAGUUACUGCAAAAAGUAAUAUUAUUACAGUAACUAAAUUACUAGUAACUAGUUACUGCCCACAGAGCGUCUGAUGCAAUACAAACAAAACUGAAAAGCACUUUCUCUAUUUAACUUAACAAUCUGACUGUAUGGUUUUAUUCAGAUUAGAUGAGAAACAUAAUUUCAUCAGUCGUGUUUAGUUAAUACAGUUAGUAAUGAGUUC